UUUGUUUUGACUUUGACGUGUAAGAUGCAACGAAACGAUUCAAUAAUUCAAAAAAAUUAAUUAUUAAAUCUUUUUGAAAUUCGUCAUUAUUGAUUUUUUUUCACGCAAUAUUGUGCAAUAGUACUGUAAGUAAAAUGAAACCUCGCCCUUGCGGUUGCAAAGGAUGCAGAACAUGUCUGGUUUGCGAAACAUAUUACGGUGCAAAUACUCUGAAAGAAACAAAACCUCUCGAUAAGGAGAAAGGUUAUGUGUACUGCCCGCUUUGUGAUAAAGCCUGGAGCGGCUGGGACAUUGAUUUAUACAAACAGCACCCGAAUCACGAAGGUACGAGUAUACACUAUCCUGGUGUGUACAUAAAACUAGAUUUUAUAUCUGUAGACGAAGAAAAGGAACUUGUGAAGAACAUAGACGAAGUCCCAUGGGAUAUUUCGCAGAGUGGACGCCGUAAACAAAACUACGGACCAAAAACUAAUUUCAAAAAACAGAAAAUUGUUGCUGGCAAGUUUGACGGAUUCCCUUCCUUUUCAAAGUAUUUACAAGAUAGAUUUGAGAGUAUAGAUUUAUUGGCAGGCUAUGAAGUUAUAGAACAGUGUUCUUUGGAGUAUGAUCCGAGCAAAGGUGCGUCAAUUGACCCACAUAUUGAUGACUGCUGGGUGUGGGGUGAGAGAAUAGUUACGGUCAACUGUUUAGCAGACUCUGUCCUUACCAUGACACCUUAUAAAGGUGAUAAGAAGAAAUAUAAUCUGUAUUGUGCUGAGGAAUACCCACCGUUGGUUGAAGCAGAUGGUAGUAUAAAUAUUGAAUGUAAAGAAAAAGAAACAAGUAUGCUGGAAUUUUGUAAACCUGUUAAUGAUAUGGAUGUUAUCAUUAGGAUACCGUUGAUAAGAAGGUCCCUAACAGUUAUAUAUGGUGAAUGCAGGUACCACUGGGAACAUUGUGUCCUGCGGGAGGACAUACCAUCUAGGAGAGUAUGCAUAGCAUACAGAGAGUUUACACCGCCUUUCAUGAACAAUGGCACACAUGCAGCCAUAGGACAUGAAAUCAGAGACAAAGGUAAACAGUUUUGGGAUCACUGUGAGAGAUAUAAGGAUACAUGUGAAAUUUAAAGCUAAAGUAUUGCUUCCUCUGUAGUAGAUUGCCAUGUUGAAAUAAAACAAUGUUAUCGAGAAAUUUUAAAAACAAACAUUUACAAAAACUAUGUAUGUAUAAACACAGUAUAGACAUUGGACUAUAUGAGUACCUUACCCCUGUGUAAAAUGUGGACAUAAUAUUUAUAAAUAUUUGAAAUAGACCUUAAUCAUAAAUAACAUUUGUUUGCCUUAACUUGAUAGUUUAUUAGUACCUACUUAAUUAUUUAUUAUUAUUAUUAUUAAUUAUUUAGUAGACAUAAUUAAAUGAAGAUUGUAAUUUGGAAAUGAAAUUUUAAUAAAAGUUAAGGAUUUCUUAUAAAACUUAAUUUUAAAAUAAUGUAAUUUUGCAAAAUUUCCAAACAUCUAAAACGCUGUUGUCCAUUUUUUGAUGUCAUAAUGUUACUUAAUGACUGAUGUACUUGAACUAUUAAGUAUGUUACGAAGUAAUUAUUGACUAAUAUUUUUGUCAAUUUGUAUGUGCCGUGAUAGCCUAAUGGCUAUGACCUCUGCCUCCGAUUCCAGAGGGUGUGGAUUCAAAUCCGGUCCGGGGCCUGCACCUCCAACUUUUCAGUUAUGUUUCAUUCACAGUGUGUGCGUCUUAAACGGUGAAGGAAAAACAUUGUGAAGAAAUCUGCAUACCAGAGAAUUUUCUUAAUUCUCUAAUGUGAAUGACGUGUGUGAAGUCUGCUAAUCCGCAUUGAGCCAGCGUGGUGGACUAUUGGCCUUACACUAACCCCUCUCAUUCUGAGAGGAGACUCGAGCUUAGCAGUGAGCCAAAUAUGGGUUUAUAACGAACAAUUUUUGUCAAACGCUUUGUUUGAACGGGAUUUAUUAUAGUCAUCAUGAAACGAUAAAAUAUAGACCAUGAUGGCCUGACAGCAACUUUAGUAUUGUCAAAAAAAAAUUAAAAUUAUAUGUAUUCACGUCUCAAAAAAAUAUGAUAUUUUUUUCAAAUUUAGUAGAACGAUAAUGGGGAUGAUGACUAGGUUUGAAUAUAUUGAUUUUUAUGAUACAUUCGGGUAAAUAGGGUCAAUGUUAACUAAUUUAUACAUAAAAAGCAAAGAUUGUCUGGAUAUCUGCAAAAUAAAUGAGAUUAUAACAUUUCAAAAUUUAUUAAAAAACUCUUAAUUAGAUGAAAAUUCAUACAGUUUUAGCUUCCUUACAUUAAAUGUGACAUUUUUUAAUACUGGAACUAUAAACAUAAACGCACAAAUAACAAAGAUAUUCGUAAUUUUGUUUGAACGCACAUACAAAUCUAACGAUCAUUACAUUACCUACGACGCGUCAUUAGUUCGCGCCUUUUUGUAUGGGGCGUUUCUUAGGGAUCCGCGGCAGAGCCGCAAAUCUGACCCAUCAAAUCCCUCCGAAAGUAAUGAUCGCAGAUACCCUGUUCCUUUUACAAAAUUGCUUUACUAUUAGCAUACCCCUAAUUGAUAUACAAUUUAAAAAACUGUCAUCAUCCCUAUUAACAUUUUAAGACCAUUUAAAAAAGUGGCAACUAGCCUAUUCUAGCGCGAAUAUGGUGGAGGCGCAAUACCAUAUUCGAAGUUACUUGUAGGAGCGUAUUCGUAAAUCGGCGGAAGACCUGCCUGGUUCUGGCACGUCGCUAUCACCGUCUCCGACGUUGUUUUGUGCUUCUUCACCUGGCGAAUAUUCCGCACGAGCAUAAAUGCGAAGAUAAUACACGCUAUCUGAAAUGGAGAAACUUGUAGUAGGUAGACAAAAAGUGCAAAUGUUAUAUGUAUAAAUCUAUAUUUAGCAGACGCCCCAGUUUAUUUACCUGCGUAGUUGAUGUUCCUGUAGAAAUACGGGAGUAAAGUAUAAAAUAACUUGGGUAACCGUGGGUGGGUAGUAAAAGAAUUUUCAAAAUCGGUUUAGCAGAUCCAGAGAUUACUCAAUACAACCUCACAAUGCCACAAACUUUACCUCUUUAUAAUAAUACUAGUGGUCCCGAUCAAGCUUAGCGUUGACUUAUGUGCACUUCUUCCCUAUCCCUACCCUACACUACCCCUACCCCUACCCCUACCCUACCUCUACCUUAGUACCUAAUAGAAAUGUUGAGUUUCUUGCCGGUAUCUUCUCAGCAGAACCUGCCUUCCGAACCGGUGGUAGAAUCUUUACAAAUAGUCAACCGACGUGUCAAAAGUGCUUGUAAAUUGAGCCUUGAAAUAAAUGAAUUUUGAAUUUGAAACAAUGGAUUUUUAAGGGAGAUUUGUGAAAAACAGAAAUUCUCGUGAAAGUAGCGUUUACUAGUACUUAAGUAAUAAAAUUAUUGUUACCUGCAUAGUAAUACUAAUAGGCCCCAAUAUGUUUAACACUAGUGAAUUUGUUGUAUGGAAAGAGGCCAAGCCAAACUUGCAACCUAAUACCCUCUGGUAGACACGAGGACAUUCCUGCGUGUCUAUGUCUAUAAGUUCUCUUGCCUUGCAGCAAGAACGUGGAACAGUAACUUUUUGUCCGUUGGGCCCACGGAAGAUUGCGUAGUUUCUGUAUCUGAACACUAAGCCCUCAUAGUCCAAAUACGAUUCUUUGCCGCAGCAGUCUAGCUGAGAAAAAAUAAUAUUGAUUAAAAAUCAUCAUAAUCAUCAUAUCGGCCGCCGCCGCCGCCGCCGUCGGAUGUCCACUGCAGAACAAAUGCCUUUUGUAGGGACUUCCAAACAUUUCGCCGCCUGAAUCCAGCGAAUCCUUGCGACUGACUUGAGGUCGUCAGUCCACUUUCUACCAGUCUUGAUGUGUCAGAUUAAAAAUUAAUUACAUUUAACUAGGUAAUAAAAAAUCUGCUGACAAAUCUAUCACGACUAAAAUAAGACGAAUCUAAAGCUGUGUACCUACGGAUAGCGCUUUCCUGUGUAACGCGUAGUUCUUUCUACAAACGCUAACGCUUCGAAAACCAGAAAAAUGUAUGGCAAUGACCAUAUCCGAUCGAAAACGUGAUCACGUGACCUAUCGAUAGCAAAUGUCAUUCCCAUACAUUUUUUAAUUUUCGAAGCGCAAUGCGAAUGGCAAUGGCUACAGGCCCUACCCCCCUAGCCAAGUGGCACGUCGAUUCUCUUUCUACGAUCGCUAACGCUUCAAAAACUAGAAAGAUGUAUGGGAAUGACAUUUGCUAUCGACAGGUCAUGUGAUCAAGAUCUGUCAUUCCUAUAUAUUUUUCUAGUUUUCGAAGCGUUAGCGAUCGUAGAAAGAGAAUCGACAUGCCACUUGGCUAGGGGGCUGAGCUUUUCGCAAGCCCCAGUCAUUCUGUGUCUAUUCAUUUUGCCGUCCAAAUUAUACCCUGUCGUGUGCGUCCUCUUUGACGCGCGACCAUAAACCGACAGACCCAUCGGUGGUUCGCGCUGUGAGAUAGCUCACGUGGAACGCAUUGUUAUGAGUGUACGCGUAGCUGCAUGUAUGGAUAUGACGUUCAUCCAGACACGUGUAAACUGACUACGCGUUCCUGUUUCAGUGUACGCGCUAUCCGUAAACACCUUUUUAACAACUCUGCAAGUACCUCUAAUUCUACAAGUUAUUGGUACAAAUGCUAGCUGCCCUAGCAGACUUCGAUGUCUCGUCGUUAUCAACCCAUAUACGGCUCACUGCUGAGCUCGAGUCUCCUCUCAGAAUGAGAGGGGUUAGGCCAAUAGGCCACCACGCUGGCCCAAUGCGGAUUGGCAGACUUCACACACGCAGAGAAUUAAGAAAUUCUCUGGCGUGCAGGUUUCCUCACGAUGUUUUUCCUUCACCGUUUGAGACACGUGAUAUUUAAUUUCUUAAAAUACACACAACUGAAAAGUUGGAGGUGCAUGCCUUAGACCGGAUUCGAGCCCACACCCUCCGGAAUCGGAGGUAGAGGUCAUAUCCACUGGGCUAUCACGUGGUUCGAUGUCUAUAGGUAGGUAAUUGUAACUUUCUAUUUUCAUAUUUUUUGUUUUAUAAGUUAAUUAAUAAUUAUAUAAAAAAAUCGUCAAUAAACAAGAAUUGCUCGUUAUAGGUAUAAGUCAGUAGGUAUACUUACAGAUUCUUGCAGCAAGUCGAUUUGCCUUUCGAUUCUAUAGUCCGUAACAUAUUGUGCAAUGGGUAUAUUCACAUAGUUCUGAACGGUGUAAGUCGUUACUGUAAACGACAGAAUCAUCGUAACCAACAUAGGAAUUACCAAAAAAAACAACAAGAAGCCAUACUGAAAUAAAAUAAUCCUGUUUAGUCAUAAAUAGUUGUAAACUUCAUCAUCAUCAUCAUCAUUAGCCGAUGGACGUCCACUGCUGGACAUAGGCCUCUUGCAUGGACUUCCAAACACAACGGUCUCGAGCCGCCAGCAUCCAGCGGCUCCCUGCAACCCGCUUGAUGUCCAACACUGCGCGGGGUCGCCAUUCCAGCACCUUAGGACCCCAAUGUCCAUCGGCUCUUUGAACUGUGUGGCCUGCCACUUUAGCUUCGCGACUCGCUGAGCUAUGUCAGAAUAUGUUAUAAACAUACAGGUAGGUAAAUAUUGUAGUAAGUAGGUAGGUGCGUGUUAUAAUUAUACUUGUUUAGGUAUAUGGAUGUUCCAACUCUAAAUAAUGUAACCGUGGUUCAUUGGUUAGACUGGGCCGUUUCAGAUCCUGUAGUCCUAGAUUCGAGCCCUAGAUCGGUUAAGAAAACAUAUCGUUUUUCUCUCUGCCAAGAAAUUUAAUAGCAGGCGAAAUUUAAGUUAAUUUAAUUCGAUUAAGCUUUUAAACUUAGUCAGGGUUAUGUUAUUGUUGUUGUUAUUUAUAAAUUUUGUUUUGAUUUUUAUUAUUAUCUAGGUAGCUAUUGUUUUCUACGAAUGGGGAUGAUGACUAGGUUUGAAUAUAUUGAUUUUUAUAAUUAAUUCGGAUAAAUAAGGUCAAUGUUAACUCAUUUAUACAUAAAAAGCAAAGAUUGCCUGGAUAUUUGCAAAAUAAAUAAGAUUAUAAAAUUUCAAAACCUAUUAUAAAUCUUUUAUCGUAAUUAGAUGAAAAUUCAUACAGUUUUAGCUUCCUUACAUUAAAUGUGACAUUUUUCAAUAAAUGAACUAUAAACAUAAACGCAGAAAUAACAAAUAUAUUAAUAAUUUUGUUUAAACGCUCAUACAAAUCUAAAGAAAAGAAAAAAACAUUUAUUUCAAAAUUUAUGUAACGAUCAUUAAUUGCCUACGACGUCAUAAGUUCGUACCAUUUUGUAUGGGGCGUUUAUCAGGGAUCCGCGGCAGCGCCGCAAAUCUGACCCUUUAAAUCCCUGUAGCUCCGAAAGUAAUGAUCGCAAAUACCUUGUUACUUUUACAAAAUUGCUUUACUAUUAACGUACUCUUAAUUUAUAUACAACUAGCGGACGCCCGCGACUUCGUCCGCGUAAAUUUCGAUGUCAACUUUACUACUACCCCUACCCUACCCUACCCUACCCCUACCCUACCACUACCCCAACCCUACCCAACCCCUACAUCUACCCUACCCCUACCCUACCCCAAACCUACUCCUACCCUACCCCUACCUUACCUACACCCUACCCCCAUCCUACCACUACCCCCAUCCUACCCCUACCCUCCCCGUACUCUAUUUCUUUCCUACCCCUAUCCCAGCCAUAGGUACCCCUAUCUCACGCCUAUCGUACCCCUACCCUACCACUUCCCUAUCCUACCUGUACCUCUAGCCUACCACUACCCUACCUCUACCCCUACCCUACCACUACCCUUAACCCGGCCCUAAACCUACCCUACCCCUACACUACCCCUACGCUUCCCUACCCUGUAACUUCUCUAUCUUAUUCCUACCCUUAGCAAAAUCGGUCCAUUCCUUCGAGAGUGGUGGUAUGACCAAGAGAAAUAGAGACUUCUAUGCUAAUAAUAUAAAGAGGUAAAGUUCGUGUGGUUGUAGGAGGUAAUCUCUGGAUCUACUGGACCGAUUUGGAAAAUUGUUUUACCAAUAGAAAGCUACGUUAUUUGCGAGUGUCAUAGGCUAUGUUUGAUCCCCAUAUUCACACGGGAACGGGAACUACCUAAAUGAAAGCUCUGGGCGUCAUAUAGCGGAAUUUCUGCGUCUUUUAGAAAUUUUUCUCCGAAACUAUUUAAGUAAUUAACAUACUGUAAAGGGCAAAUCUUAUCUCCAUAAUAUCCUUGUGAUUAUUAAAUAAAUUAUUUUAAUAAGGAUUAAAGUUUAGUUGUAUAAAUAAUGACGUAAACCUAAGUAUAUAAAAUUAAUAAUUUUUAAAACACAAAAGGUACUAUAUCUGCUAAUAUAUAGAAGAUAGAUAUAUGGUGUCGCGGACUUUUUUGUAGAACUUUUAAAGAUACAUAAAGUCCCCAUACAUUAAUUUCAAUUUUACACAAUAGUUAAGGCAGCGCAUGCGAAUAAGUCUGUUUAAGAUCAUUUUCAGUCCGACCUGUAUGACAAAAACUGUGAUAACUCGGCUAAUAUUAUUGAUACCAAUAUAAAAUAUAGCCUAUAGCACUCCCCGAUAAUGUAGCAUUCUACUGGUGAAAGAAUUUUUAAAAUCGGACCAGUAGCUCCGAAGAUUACCCCAUUUAAAAAAUGUGACAAACUUACAAACUUACAAACUUUACCUCUUUAUAAUAUUAGUAUAGAUAUAGAUAUAGAUUUAAAAAACUGUCACCAUCCCUAUUUACAUAAUUAUUGUUAUUUUACGUAAAGUGGCAUGACAUUAGUAUAAUAGUAGGUAGUGGUAGUAGCAAGUAGUAUUAUAAAAUUGUUAUUUUCAUAAUUUAAGUGAAAUAAUCAUGUUAGCUGAUCAUGAAAACAAAAAAUCACUGCCACUUGAUGUAAAAUGGUAGUCAAAGUCAUAUCGUUAAAAUAACUGCGAUAGAUUAAAACGAAAAUACGAUGAAAAACGGUGUAUGACCUGAGUGAUAACUGCGACAGUGAUUGUACCAUCAAUGUGUGGUAUAUGAAACACCUCGAGCAGGUCCUAGGACUUGUGACCUUGGGUGUAGGUUUAAGGGAUCCCUUUAGAAUGCAUAAACACUAACCUUCCCUGCCCGACAUGUUCUCCAUGCCCACACUAAAUAAUUUACAAUCAAUAAUUACAACACAAAACAUUAUUUCAUAAAAUCACUAACGCGACUGGCAGCGUGACGGUAUCCACACUUCCGUACAACAACAACUAAGUUCAAGUCAUCAAAUACCCUCCUAUUUAUACCAAAACACACGCCCCCCCGGGGCGGGAUGUUUUUUGGUUGAUGAUUGUGCAUCCAUUUGGAGUUCAAGGCAUGUAGCGCUAUUUUGUAACGAUGUUUUCAUAACAUCUGUGCGAGACCCGAAUUCGUCUCUAUCUCUCUAUCUAUAAUAUCGUGAUAUGAGAGAUGGAGAUGAAUACAUUAUAUUAUACAAGAGGCACACUGUCGAGAAAAUACAAAAAUGUCACAUACAAACUGGAGCCAACCGGUACACUGUUUAUAAACAGCAUAGUAUCCCAAUAGCGCAGCCAACAAAAAAGGAAAUCCCAUCACAAAUACUGUAAGAGGGACUGCGGACACUCCACCGUUUGGUAAGCUGCCGUAGAAAUGAGCGUACGGUUGGUAACGCGUGCAUAUUUGGUGGCCCAUCACUAUCAUUGCAAUGGAAAGUCCCUGAAAAAAAAAAACAAAAUUAAAAAUAAAAAUUUCAAAUGACAAAAAAAUCAUUUAACUUAUUUCAACUUUAAAAUUAUUUCAGUAAAACCUUAUUUUUUUUUUACUUUAUUUUAAAGUAAUCGUGAUAAUUAGAUAAAAUAGUAAUCUAUACUUCACACAAACCUCUUUUAUAUUUCUAGAAACCCCGGGGCGUCUGCUAGAAAUAUAAAACCAAUGCGAAUGCUUGGACUAUAAAAAUUACUAGAUGUCAUGGAAAGCCAAUUCUAUAGAAGCCUAUAUAUAUAAUACUCUCUAACUCAAUUAAAGCGUAAAAUGUUCUGCGUGAAUACUUGUUUUAUUUUUUUAUUCUUUACAAGUUAGCUCUUGACCACAAUAUAUCCUGAUGGGAAGUGACAAUGCAAUCUUGGAUGGAUGCGGGCUAACUUGUUAGGAGUAGGUAGAAAGUCUGACACACACACUUCUCGUUUCGGUUUCUACACGACAUCGUACCGGAACGCUAAAUCGCUUGGCGGUACGUCUUUGCCGGUAGGGCGGUAACUAGCCUAGCUUUCCACCAGCCAAAUUCCCUACAAAUCCUACAUUUUAGUCACGGUGUAUGUAUGGCUUGGCCGUUUCUUUGAUUUUCAACUUAUUACACCGCCAACAAUGUUUAGCUUACGUAAACCCUUGAAAACCUAUAUUCCAUUAUAUCUUUGAGUAACGAAACGGCUUUGUAUGCUUUCCAUGAGAUCUCACAGAUUUUUUUACAGUACGCAUUCGGAUUGGCUUUACUUUACACUACAUGUUAAGAAUUGUUAGUCCACUAAUUCUAGUUGACGAUACUUUGUACAUAUUUAAUAUAUCCGCUUAGAAUAUAGUUAAUAUUAAGUAUAUAUUAGAUUACUCCAUUAGUAGGUUAUAACCUUUACUUUCUAAUCUAAUGUAACCCUAUGUCAUUGAUCAUAAUACCUGUAUGUGAUUAAGAGUUAUCUCUAUUUAGAUAAUUAGUUAUAAGAGCAAUAAUUAUUGCAUAUAAAUGCAUGCCGAUGUAGAUUAUCUAAUAGUGUACUAAAAUAUCUUUACUAUACCAUGUUAUAACCAUGUAUUGUUGUUAUAUGUUUAACCAUCAUAUUCUAUAUUGCUUUACUACUCUAAUAUUAACUGUCUCUUUCUGAUGUAUGUCUAUUGUACUAUUCUCACAAUAUUGUUAUCUCGCUCUGAUUGUAUUACUAUCUCCUUUAGACAUGUAACUCUGUCUCUUUUGUAUUGUACACUAUUACUGCAAUAAAGAUAAGGGAAUGCGGACGCUUCAAACUCUAUAUAAUAAAGCACCCCAUGUAUCAACCACACACUUCACUCCCGAAGCCUGAAGCGAUCGCACCUCUACUUAACAAGA